AUGGAUAAUGAUGGUACACUACCAUUUAUAGUGAAUCCUCCACUAAUUGAUCGAUUUGAACCGACAACAGUUAUUGCUAAACUUGAACCAAAUCAACGGCAAAUAAAUUUACUUGUUAUUGUUUUACGUAUACAAGCUAAUCCACAAAAAACUCGCGAAGGACAUGAAAUACAUUCAUUUAAAGUUGCAGAUCGUACGGGUUCAGUUACACUUAAUGUUUGGAAUACAGCAGGAAAAUUAAUAUCACCUGGAGAUAUAAUUCGUUUACAAAAUUGUUUAACACAAGUUUUUAAAAAUGAAUUAUGUGUAAAACCAGGAAGAAGUAAUAUUCAUUUUUUUCGAUUUCAAAAAAGAAAAAUUCAUUUUUUUAAUAUUCCAGAUGGAACAGUAACAAAAGUUGGUGACUUUAUGAUGGAUUUUAAAGAAGAACCUGAUAUGAGUAUUUUUACACCAUCAUUGGAGUCAAUUAAUAAUAAUAAUACAAAUAAACGUCCACCACAAAUGAUAUCAUAA